AUGCCAUUCAUGUUCUUCAAUCUUCCCCGAGAGAUCCGCAACAUAAUCUACAAGCAAGUCUGGGCCAGCACGACUGAACAGGAGCUAGUCUGCCGUCCCUCAGUCGAAGUGUCAGCAGAGUACGCUGGCAGCAAGAAGCUCUACGCCAACUACCUCGUCACCGCCAAAUGCCUUGCAACAAACAAGCAGAUACUUUCCAAGGCUCUCGACGAGCUCCACGGCAGCGUCCGCUUCACCCUUUGCCGCGUACUUCUUAGCCGCAACGCGCACGACUCCCGUUAUCUUGGCCUGCUCAGUGGACUACUUUGUCCCCUCAAGGCCAAAGACAUCGAGUAUAUAUAG